CAUUAAACAAGUCAUGAAAAACGAUAUAAGUACAAGUUUAACCCACAAGCCAUCUAUCCUACAUGAAACUUCUCGAACAACCCAUUAGGCAAAUCAUAGAACCGAAUAGAACACCUUCUAAACGCAAGAAAGCCUCAUACGAAACAAGUAGUUUUGUUGGUGAAGCAAAAACAAAGCCUCCUAAACAAUUUUCUGGACUCUCACAACCUCACAAGCUUUACCCUUCUUUCUUUACUCUCUCUCCUCAUCGCUAAAACCUCUCUACCCUUCUUUCUUUACUCUCUUUAUCACUUCACCUGGACCCGACAUACGCCGUUAAUUGGCCGGCGUGGUUUCCUUCUCAGGAUAAGGGUGUUGGAGAAGUACUCGGUCAAUUUUGAGACAAAUAAAUGGCUAUUUCACCUUGUGGAACCACAUGGACAGCUCAAUGGGGUGUUCGCCCUCUACUUAUGUCAAGACAUUUGUUGGAAAAUAAAUUUGCAACAAUUUCAAGUUGUGGGCCAAGUAAGUUUAGGGCAAUUCAAUCCCUGAGCUCUAGUAUGUUUUCUUCAGAAUCUGUACAUCUGUUAUUUAAUGUGAGUUCUGCGCGAGGUGCAUGCUAUAAAAGGGGUGGCCGUUUUGUCGUUAGAGCCGAGUCCGACUACUACUCAAUUCUAGGAGUAUCUCGAAAUUCUAGCAAAUCAGAAAUAAAAAGUGCUUAUCGGAAGCUUGCGAGAAGUUACCAUCCUGAUGUUAACAAAGAGCCUGGAGCAGAGCAGAAAUUCAAGGAGAUUAGCAAUGCUUAUGAGGUAUUGUCGGAUGACGAGAAACGGUCGAUAUAUGACAGAUAUGGGGAGGCCGGCCUCAAGGGAGCUGCGAGUGGCAUGGGGGAUUUCACCAACCCCUUUGACCUUUUUGAGUCCAUAUUUGACCUUGGUGGUAUGGGAAUGGGGAUGGGUGGAAGAGGCUCUAGAAACAGAGCGACUGAAGGCGAAGACCAGGUUUACAAUCUGGUACUGAAUUUCAAAGAAGCCAUUUUCGGUGCUGAGAAGGAUAUUGACAUUAAUCGCUUGGAGACCUGUGGUACUUGCAACGGAUCAGGUGCCAAACCUGGAACACAAGCGACAAAAUGCAGUACAUGUGGUGGCCAAGGACAGGUCAUCUCUGCAGCACGUACUCCUCUCGGCGUGUUCCAACAGGUGUCCACUUGUUCAUCCUGUGGUGGGACCGGAGAAAUCUCGACUCCUUGUAGUACUUGUAACGGUGAUGGAAGGGUGAGAAGAUCAAAGAAGAUUAGCCUUAAGGUUCCUGCGGGUGUUGAUGCUGGCAGCCGACUGAGAGUUCGAGGAGAAGGGAAUGCUGGACAGAGAGGUGGUCCCCCGGGAGACCUCUUUGUAGUCAUUGAUGUCAUUCCUGAUCCGGUGCUGAAACGAGAGGACACAAAUAUUCUCUACUCUUGCAAGGUUUCUUACAUUGAUGCCAUUCUUGGUACAACAAUGAAGGUCCCUACAGUGGACGGGACAGUUGAUCUCAAAAUACCGGCUGGCACCCAACCUGGGACAACUUUGGUAAUGGCAAAGAAAGGUGUACCUGUGUUGAACAAGCCCAACAUCCGAGGAGAUCAGCUGGUGAGGGUUGUAGUCGAAAUUCCAAAACGGCUCAGCGAUGACGAAAGGAAGCUUGUUGAGGAACUUGCUAAUCUAAACAAAGCGAAGGCUGCUCCCAACAGUAAAAGAUAGCGUGGUUAAGAGUUUGGAAAGGUAACCCUCAUGUGUUGAUGCUGCUUUUGUUUCGCUCUCCCUUUCUUUUCUUUAAUCUCAUGUUCGCAAUACAAAGCUGGAAAUUUUCUCUCCUUGUCUGGCAGAAUUAGGCUUUUUUAUAGGCUAUUUUUGAUUUAUGUAGUAUACAAACUUUAUUGUAGAAGGAAGCAACUUAGGCAUAUUAUUGAGUCCCAGUUUCUUUAUCUGAUUAUCGUUACUUCGACCGAUUCAUUUGCAGUUUCCAGGUUUGCUGGAAAAACUGUAAAUCGGUGGUGCAGAUUGCCAUUCAAACACAAAUGUAUGACAUUUUUUUGGUCCAAGUCUAAUAAAAAUAAGACUAUUAUUAGCAA